GAAUAAUUAAAAGUUAUGAUUUUUGAAAUGAAGAAAUGUUGAGCAUGUUUAUCUAUACUUAUUAACUUUUAUAAUGAAAUUGCAAACAAUAGGUAAAGGUUCUAGAGGUCCGAAGUAAUGCCAAUAAAGAAGCAACAAGAUUUAUGACGUGUCGUUAGUUCGAGAUCUUCUGUCAUAAAUCGAUGUAAUGGUCAGAUCCAAGAAUCGAUAUCAGCUUAUCGAUGUCAAAAAACCACUAUCGACGCAGUCACUAUAAUGGUUGUGAAAGCAGCAGGAGCUAUGCAGCAAAUGGCACGAGCUUUUGAAAUGUCUUCCAUGAAAAGAAUGACAAUGAUCGAUAUUGGUCUGUGUUCGUACUUGCAGCCGCGAACAAUGCACACAUAAUUACGUACCAGCCGACAAUCAUCUAUUUAUGCAUGUGAAUAGAUGUUUACAGAAAUGUAGAUAACGAAUACCGUAUGAUGACUGUCAUUUUUGCCGGCGCCAAUGUCAAGAUCAGACGUGUGGCGAUCGUUUGCUAUAAGUUUGGGCGGAUAUUAUGGUUAUUAUUUUUCUUCAGCGCGCACGCGAAGGCAACGUUGGGACGAUGUGUGGUUCUUUUAUAUGUGGGCGGUCAAGUUCAACGCUUGUAAUCCGCUGUUAGGAGCUUGUGGGGUCAUCGGUUCACCGACGCUCCUCAGAGAAUAGACGAACCGCCGUGACUCAUCAAACAAAAUUGUUUUCAUAGUCAACAGGUUGUUUGCUCACAUUUCUGGGUAAUUGGCUACAUUGGUUACAUUACAUAGCAUGCGGUUAAGUUUGUGAUAAAGCUUCCAAGUUUAUAUAAAACACUGUAGUUUAUUUUGUAAGCAUUAUUAUAUCGUGUGUGUCCCUGAAGGAUUAACAUAUUUUGUAUUAGCAGAGUAAUUAUUCAAUAAAAAAGUUCAGAGUUUGAAACGUCGACAAUUGGCGUCAUUAUAAGUGCAGUGAGAUUGAUUUAGUGUUAUAGUUAAUAUUUUGUGUUGCUUUGUUUAAUAUUUUGAAUGAAACAGUGUUCAUAAUUAGUCGAAGAGAGCGGCCCACAUCACCAAAACAACAAAAAUCAGGUAGUAAUGGCAACGAAGUGGUUUGCCCUCGCGCUGGUCGCCGUCAGCUGGCGCUACGGCGACGCCUGCACCUGUGCUGCGCUAGAACACCCACAGACACACUAUUGCAAUAGUGAUUUUGUUAUCGUUGGACGAGUACAGAAGACGUUCAGAGGAUCUACUUUCCACGAUUCGUACAAAGUAAAAAUACGAAACGUUUUCAAAGCAUCGCCAAAAGCAGAGGUCGCUCUAAAGUCAGGGCGCCUAUUGACGCCCUCUGAAGGAUCUUUAUGCGGAGUCUCUUUGCAACCUAGGGAGACUUACGUCAUCACGGGUCGGGUUAUCCAACUCCAAGCGCAUAUACACUUGUGCGGGUAUAUAAAGAAAUGGCGUGAAGUCACGCCGCGCCAAAGGAAAGGGUUCCGACUUCUAUAUAAACAGGGUUGCACUUGUAAGGUGCACGUGACACGCCGCAAGACGAAAUCACCCAACACGUGCGUGACCAACUUCGACGACUGCUACGACCGACACGGCAUCUGCCUGCACGACCGCAUGAGGCGCUGCCGCUGGACAAGGGCUCCCACACUCACGAGGUGUCUGCAAGCACAGCAUUCCAACGGCACCAUGACUUGAUAAUAUUCACAAACGGAGUCAAUGUAAACUUUACUGUACCUAUAAUUUGUAUAUCACGAUACGUCCUCACGAAAAAUUACAAAUUCAUCGAAACACUAACUAAAAGCCAAUAUUGAGCCAAAUAUUCAUAAUGUUAAUUCUCACUUUUCCAUUAAUCAUGGGGAUUUAGAUAGUAGUUACUUAGAUUUAAAAUAACUAUGUGAUAU